AUGUCAGCAACUUACCUUCAGUCUGUAGAGGAUCUGGUGUUGAAUAUCCACGUCAACCAGAGCAGUGGAAUCAACUGCAGUAAUUUACAGCUCACUUUCUGCUCAAGUAAUGACUGUGAUGUGACAGUGUUUGGCAUUAACGUGAAUAUGAACAUGUCCAACGGAAUAAUGAAAAUCCUUGGUGUGAAAAAUUUAAUGAACAAAUUAAGAAACAGCUUCGAAUACACUGAGGCUACCAGCCACUUAGUAUCGGCCACACUGCAGGACAACAAGGAUUCAUCGUUAAGAAUUAGAAUGGACUUCCCCAAGGAGAAGUUAAACUACACUAUACCUCGCUGUGUCUUCUGGGACCACACAAUGAUGGACUGGUCAGAUGCCGGAUGCAUUGUCACAACUAGUGAUAAUUACAGCUCAAUGUGUGAGUGCAACCACCUGACUUCAUUCUCUGUCCUCAUGGCUAAAGGUGAUCAAAGCCUUAAUAUGUUUGAACCAAUCCUAGAGAAAAUUACCAGUGUGGGCCUGGGUGUGUCCAUCUGCUCCUUGCUGAUCUUCCUCACCAUUGAGUAUAUAGUGUGGUCAGCUGUGAUCAAGAGCAACCUUGCACAUUUCCGUCACACAGCCAUGGUGAACAUUGCUGUGUUCCGCCUGCUUGCUGACUGUAGUUUUUUGGCCUCCAGCUCUCCUAACAUUCUUACUGACAGCUGGUGCUUAACUCUGACCAUAUGCAAACACCUGUUUUACCUGGCCAUGUUCUGCUGGAUGCUGUGCUUGAGUGUCAUGCUUGUCCACCAGCUCAUCUUUGUCUUCAGCCCACUGAGGAAAAGAGUCUUCAUGUUCUUCUCCAGCAUUGUAGGCUAUGUUUGCCCAAUCUUAAUAGUGGGAUCCAGCUAUGUGUAUUACAAAUACACCUACAAUCUCUACUAUGACAUGAAAACAUGCUGGCUAAUAUAUGUAAGACUCUUGGAGGGUUCCAUUCAUGCUUUCCUUCUUCCUGUGGGAACAAUUAUUUUGACAAAUCUCUUUUCCAUGGCGGUUGUCAUCGUUACGCUGGUGAAGACCUCGGUCCCAGACAGCAGCAAGGCAGAUGACAAAGAGACAGCGAAAAGCAUCCUUAAAGUGGUGGUCUUUCUAACACCUGUGUUUGGAGUGACAUGGGUCAUUGGUUUCUUUCAGCUCAUGAUGCAGAAAGACAAUCCCAUGUAUGCAUUUGUUGUCUUCAGUUUUACCAUCCUCAAUUCCUUCCAGGUAAUUUGA